AUGGCGUCCACCUCCCGUGCCACCGCAAAACCCUUGCAGGUCCUGGUGCUCGACCCGCCCAAGGUCCUCAGGUUCAAAGGUCCCUUCACCACCAUCGUCACCACGUAUCUUAAACUACACAACCCGUCAUCGAGGAAAGUAUGCUUCAAGAUGAAGAGCACCAACCCUCGCUGCUACUGUGUGCGUCCCAACAGCGGCGUCGUCGAGCCGGGCUCCACAGUGACUGUCGCCACCAUGCUGCAGCCCUUCCGCUAUGACCCCAGCCGGGAAGUUAAGCACAAGUUCAUGGUGCAGACAAGGUUUGCUCCCCCAGACACUUCGGAUCUGGAGGCCAUGUGGAAGAAGGCAAACCCUGGUGAAAUCAUGAAUUCGAAACUGAGGUGUGUGUUUGAAAUGCCAAAAGAGACUGGAAAAGGGGACGAAAGCUUGAGACUCAGAAAGCCAGCGCAGCCCAACAAUCCCAAGCUUGCCUCCUCCACGUCCUUGAAGAAGAAGAGUCGCACCACGCCUCUUCCUCUUGUUCUGCUUGUGAUCGGAGCAGUUUUCAUUGGCUUCUUUCUGGGGAAAUUUACCAUGUAG